GGAGGACGAUUUUAGUGCCGAGGUAAAUCAGUCUGCUUGUGGAAUGCACCACCAUCUUGAUGGCAAGGAUGAGCUUGCUUCCUGAGAGCCUAAGGACUUUCCUCUUUUUCCUAAAUUUUUGUGGAGCUCAAGUUUUGGCCACUGAAGUGUCUAUCAAUGAGGAAGUAGAUGUUAAAUAUGCUAUCAUUGGGACCAUGCUAGGAGUAAUCAUUUCCGCUAGUUUUCUACUAGUAAAGAUCUGCAUGAUGAGGAAGCACAUGUUUGACAAUGAGCUAGAAGACCCUAGAAGAAACCUCAAAAGGUGCCAGUUGAGUUCAUCGGAUAGAGAUGGCCAAGUGAUUGAAUUAUAACCAGGAAUGAUUUCUCAAUGGAAUGUGAUCAGCUUGGGUAACUGCCUGCUUUACAGCCCACCAGAGAGCCUGCUGACAAAGCUCAUCUCCAAACCUGUCAAUUCAGUUGCACAAGGGGCCCAUUUAAAAAUCAUAUUUAAAAUCUCAUGUCCCUUUAAGAACUGGAAACCCUUUGAACACCUCAAUCGAUUCGUCAAGUCGUGUUUAAUGACUGCUUACUAGAUGCAGAGCAUUGGGCUAAGUAUUGGUGUUUAUCAACCAAAUAGCCAGAAUCAGAGAUGAAAGAGACUGAUAUUCAACAGGAGCAGUAGGAGAAUCACCCCCAGAUUUGGGGGGAAAUGAGGAUGGGUCUUAACUGAGAGUGAAAGUCAUAUUAAAGAAAAGCGAACAAGGGAGAGACCAUGAUCAGUGACAAGAUGGGGGAUUUUUGAAUCGACUUUUUUUGCCUAUUGGUGCCUUUAAUCAAUCAAUCAA